AUGCCGGAGAAGUUUGAUGCGAAGAAGUUUUUUAUCGACUUGGCCUCAGGAGGUACCGCUGCUGCCAUCUCCAAGACCGCUGUCGCCCCUAUUGAGCGAGUAAAGCUUCUUCUUCAGGUACAAGAUGCAUCAAGCACUAUUGCUGUCGAUAAGCGAUACAAGGGAAUUAUCGAUGUGUUGGUCCGAGUUCCCAAAGAGCAGGGUUUCACCGCUUUGUGGCGAGGAAACUUCGCUAACGUUAUCCGAUAUUUCCCCACGCAAGCUUUGAACUUCGCCUUCAAGGAUUCCUACAAGAAGAUUUUCUUGGAGGGUCUUGACAAGAAGAAGGACUUCUGGAAGUUCUUUGCCGGAAACUUGGCUUCCGGAGGUGCUGCUGGAGCUACCUCUUUGUGCUUUGUAUAUCCUCUUGAUUUUGCUCGAACCCGUCUUGCCGCUGAUAUCGGCAAGGGAGCAGGUCGUGAAUUCAAAGGAUUGGCUGACUGUUUGAUCAAGGUUACAAAAUCUGAUGGUCCUAUCGGAUUGUACCGUGGAUUCUUCGUCUCCGUACAAGGUAUCAUCAUCUACCGUGCCGCAUACUUCGGGUUGUUCGAUACUGCCAAGAUGUUGCUGGCAUCCGAAGGCAAACUCAACUUCUUCAUUGCAUGGGCUAUUGCUCAGGUUGUCACGGUCGGAUCAGGAAUCUUGUCUUAUCCUUGGGAUACUGUUCGUCGUCGUAUGAUGAUGCAGUCUGGAAGAAAGGAUAUUUUGUACAAGAACACCCUUGACUGUGCCAAGAAGAUCAUCAAGAACGAAGGAAUUGGAGCCAUGUUCAAGGGAGCAUUGUCAAAUGUUUUCCGUGGAACAGGAGGAGCCUUGGUUUUGGCCAUCUAUGACGAGAUUCAGAAAUUCCUUUGA